GUCCCGCCUCGACAACGGGUACACUCCGAGACGACCAACAAAGCAACAGGAGGGUCGUCCAGACGAGUCGGUCUCUGUCGCCGUUGGCCGUGGCAACGAGACCUCGUGAUUGGUAAGAUGCCUCCGACGGCGACGUGUCUGGAGACGCUGGAUGAGCCCAACGACAGCGCACUCUUGAACCCUCCCUAA